AUGCCGAGCAAGAAGAAAAAGUACAACGCGCGGUUCCCGCCGGCGCGGAUCAAGAAGAUCAUGCAGACGGACGAAGAGAUCGGGAAGGUGGCGGCGGCGGUGCCUGUCAUCAUCUCCCGGGCCCUGGAGCUGUUCCUGGAGUCGCUGCUGAAGAAGGCCUGCCAGGUGACCCAGUCCCGGAACGCCAAGACCAUGACCACGUCCCACCUGAAGCAGUGCAUUGAGCUGGAGCAGCAGUUUGACUUCUUGAAGGACCUGGUGGCGGCUGUGCCUGACAUGCAGGGGGACGGGGAGGACAACCACAUGGACGGGGACAAGGGCGCCCGCAGGGGCCGCAAGCCGGGCAGCAGCCGGAAGAACGGCGGGAUGGGAAGCAAAGGCAAGGACAAGAAGCUCUCAGGGACAGACUCGGAGCAGGAGGAUGAGUCUGAGGACACGGACACUGACGGGGACGAGGAGACACCGCAGGCCCCGCCCCAGGCCGGCCGCCCCCCUGCCCACUUCCAGAGCCCCCCAACACCUUUCCUGCCCUUCACCUCGACUCUGCCUCUGCCCCCCGCGCCCCCGGGCCCCUCAGGACCUGACGCAGAGGACGAAGAGGACUAUGACUCCUAG